AUGAGAGCGACUUCAUUGCCUCCUUUCUCUUCACUUCCAGUUGAGCUGGUCGAGUCGAUCACAACUCUCCUCGAUGCAGAUGGUCUAUUGGGCCUACGUUUAGUCUGCCGCGACCUCCAGAAAAAAACAUUCCACCACUUUGCUCAGCGUUUCUUCUCCUCCAUCAAGACCGACCUCUCCUACGAAAGCCUGAAUCGCAUAAGUGCACUUUCUCGGAAUGUCGCAUUGUGCCCUUACGUGCAAAGUUUAGCCUUCGUGCUUCAGAACGGAGUCGGUCGCGGCUUAGUCUGGAACCGUCAUCCAUGGGGUCCCAUAUCUGCUCCCCUGGAGGUUGAAGCCAUCCGAAGCCUGCGAGAUAAUCUGAUCCAGAACUUGACUAACUGUCGUUCGUUUUUUAUUUUCUGUCGAUACCCAGAGGGCCAUCCGGAGAUGAGCCAUGUUACUGUCACGGAUGCUGUCGCCAUAUUUUUUGCCCUCGUCGUCGAUGCCGGUCUACCAGUCUCGUCAUUUCAUCUCAUCUAUGCAAAUAAAUAUUCCCGCACAUUGAUGAUGGAUAUGCGUCGUCUCCCCAAGCUCCUAUAUCGCCAACCGCAGUUCAAACAUGUGUGGAGCAAUCUACAAAAACUCUCUCUGGAGCAGUAUCUCACUUUGGAGAACUUCGGUUUCCUGCUUGAGCUGGUUCUCAGCGCCCCCAAUCUCCAGACACUUUUGUUGAAUCUUGGCUCCCACGACCUAGCGGCUGAAUUCAUGCAUGAGCUGGCUGAAACCGCCUCCUUCUCCAAACUGCGUGAACUUGCGUUUUUCCGAACAACCAUGCGGGCUGCUGAUCUCCAUAAACUACUCGGUAAUGUCCGCCCGAACUUGAUUUCACUCACAUUGUAUCAUGUCUCGCUGGCGCCGGGAAAUGACUGGGCCCCGUUACUCAAAGAGCUUGGUCAAGGGUUCUUGGCUUUGCAGAGUAUCUCGUUAUAUUAUUUGUGGGCAAGCACGCCUGCUAAGGGUGUCCUGAACUUCCCGGACAUUAAACAAAGGUCUACAUUAUGUGCUUCGAAAGGCCAGCAUUUCAACAUCUUGUACUCCGAAGACAUUAAGAGUCCCACUGUCCUUGGGGUGGAGUAUACCGGGGCGAGGAUGUCAUAUAUGCUGAGCCUGUUGCACAGACCGACUGAAUGUGCUUGA